AUGAACGAGAAGACACAGAGGAGGAGUGGGGAGACUUCCGGAGACGAGAACGAGAAAGAGGGUGGGAAGGGGAGUGUGAACGAAAUAGUAGUAGAUUGGGAGGGACCGAACGAUCCAAUGAAUCCGAAAAACUGGUCCACCCGCCGCAAGUGGGCCGCUGUCUCCAUCGUCUCCGCGUUCACGUUCAUCUCGCCAGUCUCUUCUUCUAUGGUGUCCCCGGCCGCGCAGCAGUUGGCCGACGACUUUGGGAUAACGAGCACGGUUAUGGUCGCGAUGACCAUCUCGAUUUUCGUGUUGGCUUAUGCCGUAGGACCACUCUUCUUAGGCCCACUGUCAGAAAUAUAUGGUCGUUCAAGAGUGAUACAGGCUGCGAACAUAUUUUAUCUCGCAUGGAACCUCGGCUGUGGCUUCGCACAGAACAAGAACCAGCUCAUCGCGUUCCGGUUCAUGGCGGGGUUGGGAGGAAGUGCGCCGCUUUCUGUCGGUGGUGCGGUCAUCGCCGACUGUUUCGCGCCAGAACAUAGAGGGCAGGCGAUAGCGAUCUAUUCGCUCGCGCCGUUGUUAGGACCUGUGUUGGGUCCGAUUGUAGGAGCGUGGAUUGGGGAGAGGAGUACAUGGAGAUGGGUGUUCUGGUCGACGACGAUAGCGGACGCUGUCGUACAGAUCCUAGGAAUGUUCUUCCUCCAAGAAACAUUCGCCCCUCUUCUCCUUGAACGAAAAGCGAAGCGGAUCGAGGCGUCGCUUACGCCGGAAGAGAGGGAGAGAAUCACUGUACGAACGGUGUUUCAGAAGGGUGGGAAGUUGGAAUGGCGAGCCUUCGUCGGAAAGGCUCUCGUCCGCCCUUUUAAGAUCUUCGCGUUUGAGCCUAUCGUACAGUUGUUGGGUGUGUACAUGGCAUUCCAGUAUGGGCUUUUGUAUCUCGCAAUAACGACCAUUCCCGGCAUAUUCGAAAACGUCUACCACGAAUCCGUCGGCAUUGGCGGACUGAACUACAUCGCGCUCGGAGUCGGCCUUACCGGGUUUUCGCAGUUGAAUGCACGAACGAUGGAUAAGAUAUAUGUUUAUUUGAAGAAUAAGAACGGAGGUGUGGGCAGGCCGGAGUUUAGGUUGCCGGCUAUGGUUCCGGGGACGAUUAUUACGCCGAUUGGAUUGUUGAUUGCGGGAUGGUGUGCACAGACGAGGCAGCCGUGGAUCGCGACUGAUAUCGGUAUCGCUCUUAUCGGUGGUGGCUCGAUCCUGAACUUUCAGUGCAUACAGACCUAUGUGAUCGAUACAUUCACUUUGCAUGCUGCUUCCGCUCUUGCCGCGGUAACAUUUCUCCGUUCCUGUGCCGGGUUUGGUUUCCCGCUAUUUGCACCCGCGAUGUAUGACGCUCUGGGAUAUGGAUGGGGUAAUACGGUGCUGGCGAUUGUAGGGGCUGUCAUUGGAUGUCCUGCGCCAUUCUUAUUCUGGACAUACGGAGAGAGAAUUCGGGCGGCGAGUCGGCAUGCGAGGAAGAACUGA